AUGGCGCUACAGAAGAAGAAAGACGGUGGUCCGAAUGUUAAAUAUUUCGAAACUCAGGAAACUAUCGCCCAAUUCGACCCUGUUCGCAGCUGGCUUCUAAAGAAUUGUAAAAAGUAUGUGCAGGCUGAUCCCCCAACCAAUAAAAGUCUGGCAAGUUUGCUUGUACAGUUACUGCAGUUCCAAGAAGAGGCUUUUGGGCGACAUGUUACCAAUCCGGCACUUACAAAACUUCCUAUGAAAUGUUUCCUGGACUUCAAACCAGGGGCAGGGUUGUGUCAGAUUUUCCAGGCAGUGUUCAAGUUUAAGAGUGAGCUGGGAUGGCGAAGAUUUGAUUUCCAGUCCCCAUCAAGGAUGGACAGAAAUGUGGAAAUGUUCUUGCAAGUGGAAAAAGCAUUGGUGCAUUCCAAAUGCCUUGCUCUGCCACAGAUCUACAUCCGACCUGAUGUGGACAAGCUGCUGGUGCCAAAGUUGAAAGACAUCAUCAAACGUCAUCAGGGAGUCUUGGUGGAUGACGAGGAAGCAGCCACACACAUUAUAUGUAACAGUAGUCAGACUUCACCACCCCAGGAUGCUGAAGAUUUCUUCAGACCCACAUUUAAACGUGAUAGGAGCUAUGGCAUCCACUGGUGGCACUACCCAGACAGCUAUGAUUCCUGGGUUACUGAUGUCAAUAUUGAUUAUGACUUUGAUACAGGACAUCCUCCACCAACAUGGAAGGUCAGUGUUUUAUGGUUGCUGGAUCUGGAGGAAUUCAACGAGUGGAUGAAUGAGGAUGAUUAUCUCAUAGAGGAUGAAACUGGCUCAGGUGACGGAAAGAGAUCCAAGCGAUCUGCCAAAGUACGCUUGACUGUUGAUCAUAUUCGAGACAGUCCAGAGACAGACAAAAGCAGGCGGCAAAAGAAAAGCAACAGCAAACGGAAACGGUCUCCAUCUCCACCACAGGAGAAGAAGAGAAAGAGCUCACGAACAGCAGCUAUUGGAGCAAACAAGAAGCGGCGGUGGGAUGAUGAUGAGGAAGACAGCACAAAGGAUAUUGAUGAUCCACAGCCGGAGACUAACAUCCAUGAAGUAAACAAUCCCAAGCAAGGAACAACAACGAGGAAUGGUAAAGAUGAAAGUACACCAGUGAAAGGGGGCACCCUGAUGGAUCUAGAUGAAGAGCAGACUGAUAAGACGGAGCAGGAAAAGACGGAGACGACUGCAGCAGCUACUACAGUGGAAGAUGGAGAGAAGAAGGAGCCUGUAGAAGCUGGGGAUGAUACACUAACUGAACAGACCCAUCACAUUAUUGUGCCCAGCUACUCCGCCUGGUUCGACUACAACUCCAUCCAUGCCAUAGAGAGGCGAGCAUUGCCAGAGUUUUUCAACGGGAACAAUAAAUCCAAGACCCCAGAAAUCUAUUUGGCCUACCGCAACUUUAUGAUUGAUACCUACCGCUUGAAUCCGACAGAGUACUUGACUUCUACGGCAGUUCGCAGGAAUCUGGCUGGUGAUGUCUGCUGUAUUACCAGAGUCCAUGCAUUUUUGGAACAGUGGGGUCUGAUCAACUACCAGGUGGAUACAGACAGUUUUCCAACUCCAAUGGGGCCACCCUCAACAUCCCACUUCCACAUUCUGGCUGACACACCCUCUGGCAUUGCAACGAUCAAUCCUCCAAAGAUUAACCAGCCAUCAGCAGCUCAGGAUAUUUGUGAGCUGAGUGAGAAGAAGGACAAGGAGAAAGAGGUGGAAGACAAGACAGAUUUUGGAACCCUGGGCCUGAAGGCAGACAUCUAUACUAAGAAAGCUAUAAAAGAGAAGAACCUGGCCUUACGAAGCCGGGAGUGGACCGACCAGGAGACCCUGCUGCUUCUGGAGGCCCUGGAGCUGUACAAAGAUGACUGGAACAAAGUCUGUGAGCACGUGGGCAGUCGGACCCAGGAUGAGUGCAUCCUACACUUUCUACGCUUACCCAUUGAGGAUCCUUAUUUGGAGGAGAGUGGAAAUCUGGGUCCACUUGCCUUCCAGCCGGUGCCGUUCUCAAAAAGUGGCAAUCCUAUCAUGUCCACAGUUGCCUUCCUGGCAUCUGUGGUGGACCCACGAGUAGCCGGUGCAGCAGCUAAAGCAGCUUUAGAGGAAUUCUCAAAGAUGAAAGAUGAGGUGCCCCCUUUUGUUGUUGAUGCUCACAUUAAGAAUGUUCUUAAUGCCAGUAAGGAUGGAAAGCCUGUUGACCCAACAUUUGGCUUGGAGAAGAGCGGCAUUGCUGGCACAGAAAAUGCAGAGGAUGAGCUGGGAGAAAAUAAAAAAGAAGAUAAGGAUGCAGAGAAAGAACGCAAAAAGGAUGAAGAAUCCAUGGAAACUAACGCUAGUAAGGAGAAAGAAGGAAAGGUGGAGGAGAAAGAUGGUGAGGAAGAGAAGGAGCAACAAAAGGUAGAUGAAAAACAG